AUGCCUUAUGGACUUGCACCAGUGCAGAUUCCUCCUCCAAUAAGCCCCAAGCAGAACCCAGAGCAAGCUUUGACUCAGCAAAUUGAUUACUACUUUUCUUUGGACAACUUGAUCAGAGAUGUUUUCUUGAGAAAAAGCAUGGGAACUGAAGGCUGGGUUGACUUGGAUUUGAUCUUGAACUUCAAGAGAGUGAAGAUUAUUGUGAAUGGAAUUAAGAACGGGAUCGAGGAAGCCGAUGAAGAAGCCAAGGAGGAGAAGUUGGACAAGUCUAUCCUUACGUCUGUGCAACAAUGCCAAAACUUGGAGGUUGGCUACUUGAAUGGAAAGGACGAUAACGAUGCAAAGGCAACUGAAGUUCAGUUGAGAGUGAAGCACAACUUCGAACAAUGGCUUUUGCCUGACAAUUAG